UGUCCGGCCCACAUCGGUACUCUCCACCGCCGCAGCCCUCAGCACUUUCUGAGAGUUCCAGGUUUUGCUUUGGUGACAGCUCGGCUCGGCUGGCACAACCGCUGGAUUUACACGGCCUGGGAGCGGAGUUACGCGACGGGAAAGCCUCGCAACGACAGGCAAGAUGAUGAACAUGUGGAAAGUGCGAGAACUGGUGGAUAAAGCAACGAAUGUUGUGAUGAACUAUACAGAAAUGGAAUCUAAGGUUCGAGAAGCUACGAAUGAUGACCCGUGGGGACCCUCAGGACAGCUAAUGGGAGAGAUAGCCAAAGCCACAUUCAUGUAUGAGCAGUUUCCUGAAGUGAUGAACAUGCUUUGGUAUCGAAUGCUGAAAGACAACAAGAAGAACUGGAGGAGAGUGUACAAGUCUUUGCUGCUGCUGGCUUACCUGAUCCGAAACGGAUCCGAGCGAGUGGUCACCAGUGCGAGAGAGCACCUGUACGACCUGCGCUCCAUUGAGAGCUAUCACUGUAUAGAUGAGAAUGGGAAAGACCAGGGCAUCAAUGUGCGGCAGAAGGUGAAGGAGAUGGUGGAGUUUGUACAGGACGAUGAUCGGCUGAGAGAAGAGAGGAAGAAGGCCAAGAAGAACAGGGACAAAUACAUUGGAGUGUCCUCUGAUAGUAUGGGAGGGUUCAAAUACGGAGACAAGUACGACUCCCGCUCAAAGUGGGACGACGACUGGGAAGGCAAUAAAGGGGGUUUCCCCUUCAGUGAGAAACUGGGAGAGAUCAGCGAUAAGAUUGGCAGCACCAUCGACGACACAAUCAGCAAGUUCCGCAAGAAAGACAGAGACGACUCGCCAGACAGAUUCAGUGAGAACGAUGAGGAGAGGCGGCAGGGCUCUCGGAACGGGCAGUCCAGCAGAACUGAGUUUAAGGAUGAAGAAGAGACGGUCACAACCAAAAGUGUUCAGAUUGUUCAGGCCACAGAGACCACUGCCACCCGGAAAAGAGGUGGCACCCCCUCAAAAACCAUAGACCUGGGGGCAGCCGCCAGGUACACCGGAGAUACAGCCGCUAAUACAAACACCAGCAAGACUACAGGUGACUCGGGUGCGAGCCAGUCUGGUGGUGGAGGUCUGGUGGACCUGUUCAUGGCAGAUUCUGCACCCGCACAGCCGCAAGCAUCCACAGGGUUAAACUCAGACCUAAUCGGAGGCUUUGCUGAUUUCUCUUCAGCUGCAGCUACAGCCAGUCUUCCUUCAGCUGCUGCAUCCAGUGGGAACGGGGACUUUGGGGACUGGAACGCUUUUCCAGGAUCUCAGGCGGCCCCGCCCACUGCUCAGCCUGUAAACCCCGCAGGAACGGACCUGUUCGCCGGCCUGCAGACCGCCCCGGCUCCUGCCUCCACAGCUCCAUCCGCGGACCUCUUCGACCUUAUGGGCCCCUCCGGCACCACCACCAUCACUGCCUCCCAAAGCAUGAACUUCACCAUGAGCAGCACGCAGAACAUGGGGCUGCCCAUGUCCAAAUCACAGCCUCUGCAGAGUAUGGGGACUCCACUGAUGCCCCAGCAGCCUAAUGUCCUGCAGAAGCAAGAAGCCAAGCCCUCCAUUCCCUCCACCUGGUCUGAUUCCAACGUCAAUAUUAGCCUGGACUACCUGGGCCCCGGCAUGCAGCCUCCCAAACCCUCUCAGCCCACGCUCAGCAUGAUGCAGCAGCACGGAGUUCAAGUCCCAGUCAAUGUGAUGACACAGGGCUUCUCUGGCAUGAAUCUUGGCAUGCAGCCAGGCCCCGCCCCCGUGCGGCCCGCCGUCAACCCCAUGAUGGGAAACAUGGGCAUGCAGCCUGGCCUCGCAGGAGGCUCUGUGGGCAUGGCUAACAUGGGAAGCAUGCCACUCAGUCAGGGCAUGAUGGGAAUGAACAUGAACAUGGGCAUGCCUGCUACAGCCGGCAUGGGAAUGCCAGGCACCAUGGGGAUGGGCAUGGGGAUGGGAAUGUCGAUGCCAGGCAUGGGUAUGAGCCCUGCCAUGGUACCGCCCAAGCAAGACGCCUUCGCUGAUUUUGCCAACUUCGGGAAAUGAACAGGAGAGCCGGCGGCUGAGCGCUAGGACAAUCUUUCCGGAUGGUGCGACCAUGAAGGAUUUCUAAAGAGCUACAAACAAAGAGUACUUGAAAGAUGUCGAUUACGGUCGAUCACGGCCACCCACGCUUCCUCGCCUCCUCGACGUCCUCGUAGACGCGACGUGUAGAAAAUGGUGAACCUUCUGAUCAGUCGGGCCAAGAAGCCACAGUGAGAGUGGCUGGGUUUGUGGGGUUUUUGUUGUUUUGUCUUGUGUUUUUUUUUUUUUUUUGUAUGUGAGAAUGAAUUAUACAUGAUUGCACAAUUUUCAUCCACGUUUAGACCCUUUCACACCAAGUCCGAUGUUUUUUACAAACGAAAAAGCACCAUCAAGCUGUAAAAACAAACGCAAAUACCUGUAUAUUAAUAUUGCCUUUUACACAAAGUUUAAAACUGAUGGACAUUGACUUUGCCCUUUUCAUAUCUUCUUAGAUUUGAGUUACUUUUGUAUUUUUUGACCUCAAUGCUACAUAAUUCCGAUUUUAAAGCGGCCCAAAUCUGAUUUUCUGACCAAAUCCCAUAUUAGAUUUAGUCUGUUCACACUACAUGUUUUUAAAAUGACCCAUAUCUGAUAUCUGUCUGAGCGGUUCACGUUUUGCAAGGGCCGUGCAUGUGUGACAGAGCAGUGCUUCACGUUAAGUUUCUCUUUAAUCUUAAAAGCUAUGAAUGAGUUCAGACUGCAGCUGAGCUCAUCAACGAGAACUCGCUCCAGCUUUCCUGUAUAAAGGACACGUUAUUAAGUCAUGGACAGGUUUGUAUUAUCUUAUCUUCCUUUGACGCUGCAGUUGUUCUGUAUCCAUGUUUUGCCAAUUCAUUAGGAACACCAUGCGGCUUCGACACAAGCUUUUUCCGCCACUGAAGCACACUCUGAUCGCAGUCAACUUCCUUUCUACUCACCGUAUUGUUCCUUCUUUUUGACGUAAAGGUCAAAACAUGACUUCCGAUCUGGCCGUUCAGACAGAGUCGCAUUGCCACAAAUCUGAUUUUAAUACCACAUAUGGAAAUGACUCAUAACUGAAAUGAAAAUGUCACAUUCAAUGCACAUGCAGUGUAAAAGAUUGGAUUUUGGCUACAUUGACGUGCUGUGUAAAAGUAGCCAUAGGCUGUGUUUAGACUGUAGGCAAAUCAGAUUUCUUUCUCAGAUCAGAUCUGCUGAAAGGACUCUCUGCACUGUUAUUUGCAAGUGAUCAGAUAGGAUUUGCCCGUCUAGGCAUCACAGCACAUAAUAAUAUCUGCGUGGUUUGCUGUGGUAUGGAGGUCUGUGUCAGUGAGUAACUUUUGACGCUCUUCUUGGACCAUCAAUGAGAUUGUUGUUUAUCGAUAUGAUGCAAAAAACACAUUAAAAUCUGAUUUAAGAGUCCAGACUCACAUUUUAGUCACAUAUUUUAAACCAACUCCAAAUGUGAUUUGGAACUGAUUCGUAACAAAUGGGUUUAAUGUGAUUCUAGAUCAAUAUACUACUAGUAAAUCUCAAAAACUUUGAAUAUCAUCAAUAUAUCAUCAAUAUCAAAGUAACUUUUCAAUGAAAUUCGAAUUUUUUUGAGGUGUCCUAGUAUAUUAUUUAUGUAUUUCACUGAAAGUCUGAAACUGAAAUACUGUGAAAGGCGACUCAAAUCUGAUUUUUACAGGAUGUUUUCAGAUUUGAGUCACUUAUAUCACUUAUAUGGCCCUAAAUCUGUCUGUUAGAUUUUGUCUUUCACACAAUGUAAACGUUUUAUUCAGAGCCUUAUCUGCUCAAAUCACUCUGACCAUUAAGAGUGAUGUUGUCCCUGUUGUAGAUCAAUCAAAUACGCCACAAAUUAGCAGCAAAACAGCUGAUUUUGUUCAUAUCAAAACACAAAAGCUAAUAAUUAAUCGAGGUGUUUUUUAAUGAACCAUAAGAGCUGUAGAAGCUUCCCUCACAAGUUCUCGAGGAGUGAAGGAGGAGAUUAGAAGAAAAAAAAAGAGAGCAGAAGUGGACAGAGAGCAGAGAAACAGAAAGAGUGGAUCAGAGUCGAUCAGAGCUGUGGAGUUGCAGAUAUGUUUACAGAACAAUAGUAGAAGGCAAAAAAAAGUGUAUCGGACUCGGUGUGAAGGUUCUGUUGCGUUAAAAAUCAUGUUAAUAUAUACAUAUUUUUUUUGCGUACUUGGUGUGAAAGGACCUUUUACUUUAAAUCUAAAAACGGCAUAAAAAUGAUUGUGAUGACAAUGAAUAGCCCCACUCAGCUGUACACAUUUUGAACUUUCUGGGGUUUUUCUGUUUCUCUCGAACAAGGAUUAAGCCUAGUUUAUUUUUUUUUUUAAGCCUAGAUUUUCAAUUGAAGGGUAAAUAUAGUCUAUAAAUAGGCUUAACCCCUGUCCAGGAAACCGACCCUUUAUUUUUGAGCCCAGUCAAUUAGAGUUAUAGAUUUAUUAUUAUAAGGUGUGAGUGAGCUCAUUAGAAGUUAUCUUAUAGCCUAUAUCCUUGUCCAUCUUCGAUUUUGAUUAACUUGUACCUUGUAAAUAAUAUUGUUGCAAAGACAAUAAGUUAUUUAAAUGCAAGAUUAUUAAUGAAUAAUGUUAAUAGCGAGGCCUUCUUUUGACUGAUUAUUGUGAAUCAGUGCUGACCUGUUGCAUAAUGAUCAUUUGCUGAUUUUUUUUAUUUUUAUUAUUAUUAAUUUUUUGUCUGAAUUUCCACAACGAUGUGCUGUGUUUAGUCAUUUUGAUCAGAGUGAGAAAUGAUAAGAAAAAAAAAUUGAAAAUCAGACACGAGUAACCGCCGUGGCCUUUGGGAUGGGAAUAUUUUUAUAUAUACAUAUAUAUGAAAAAACUAUUAUUUUACCUCUUUAUGUAAAUGUAUGCCAGUCGGGCGCAGAGGCUGCUGCGGUCAUUCAGUGUCCUUAUUACACACGGUGCCUAUCAACCUAAAGCCUAUUGCCUUUACCUUAUUCUCUUACGACUUUCUUACCUAAGACAAUAUGAGAUACAGUAUUUAUUACAGGUACUGUAGUAAAUCCGGUGGUGUGUGUGUGUGUGCGCGUGUGCGCUCAUCUUUUGAUUUUCUUCUUAUUUUUAUAUUCACUCUCCUGUUUUUCAUUGCAUCGUAAAUUCACGACAUACUUACUCCUGUAUAUGAAGGUUAUUUUGUUUUUUUAAAACAAGUCAGGUCAUGAUCAGAGGCUUUGCGAGGUUGGGACCACCAUCACUGAGUGCGUUUACAUUGCAUCUGUUCAUAAUCAGAUUACUGCACAUAUCUGAUUAAUAUAUACAAGUACUCGUUUAUACAGAGCAUCUGAUUACUUAUAUCAAAAUUAGGUCUAAAACAAAAUCAGAAAGAACAUUAAGAAAUUCGAUCUGAUAAAGAGAGCUGAAUUUUCGCUCUCUUUAGUAAUCAGAUUUCUCAUUGCAUGUAUAUUUCUUAAAUCAGACAUUGGUUUAAAAUGUUACUAGGAAAUCUGAUAGAGAGCUGAGUUUUAGCUCAGUGAUCAGAUUGCCCGUGACAUUUUUAGACAUGGGUCUAAAAAACUGAUUAAGAAAUUUAAGAAAGAGAGCAGGAUUUUAGCUCAUUAAUCAGAUUUUUGAGUGCAUGCAUAUUUUUCAUAGGUCGGACUUGUGUCCAAAAAUCAAAUAAAGAGAAAUCUGAUAAAGAGAGCUGAAUUUUAGCAAACAAACAAAAAAAUAUUGCAGAGUACAAGUAUAUUUUGUAAGUCAGAUUUGGAUAUAAAAACCUAAUAAAAAAAUCUGAUAGAGAGCUGAUUUUUAGCACAGUUAUCAGAUUUCUCAGAGCAUGCAUGUUCCUUAAAUCAUGUCUAAAAAUCUUAUUAGGGAAUUAUAUAAAAUAGUUAAGAUUUUCCCUCAGUACCUAAAUUUCUCAGUGCAUGUAUAUUUCUUAAAUAAGACUUAAAUAUAAAACUCUGAUUCGGAAAUUCAAUAAAGAGAGUUAGAUUUUAGAUUAGUAAUCAAAUUUCUCAGUGCAUGUAUAUUUCUUAAAAUGGAAUUGGGUAAAAAAUCUGAUUAGGAUCCGGAUUUUAGCUCAGUAAUCAAAUUUCUCAGUGCGUGUUUAUUUGUUAAAUCAGACAUGUGUCCAAAAAUGUAAUUAUGAAAUCUGAAAGAGAGCUGGAUUUAAGAUCAUUAAUCAGAUUUCUCAGUGCAUGCAUAUUGGUUAAAUCAGACUUUGGUAUAAAAAUCUAAUUAAGAAAUCUAAUAGAGAGAGCUGAAUUUUAGCUCAGUAAUCAGAUUUCUCUGUGCAUGCAUAUUUCUUAGAUCAGACUUGAGUCAAUAAAUCUGAUUAGGAAAUCUGAUGUGCAUGUAUACUCUUAACCGGAGUACUCUGCACAGGACUAAAAACAGCACAUCAUUAUAAGCACAGCAGCUGAGAUAAAUAAUCUUUAUUUUCUAUCUGAUUUAUGAUCAUAUUGCAGAUCAAUGUGUUAAAUUCGGGUUUUACAUGAUGUUUACAAUGUUUUUACGUCUUAUUCUGCGAGUUGAUUGGCUGGUUACAAAGCAAAAAUCUGAUUAUUGUCCGACUCAUGUUAUCUAAAGUAUAUGUUAACAAAAUCCAGCAUUCUGCAGUAAUCAGAUUGGUAUUAUGAAGUGAAUGUAAACGCACUCACUGUUCUGCCAGGAGCAUCAGAUUAUUUAUCAGUUUGCACUAAAUAAUAACUGAAGCCUUCCAUGCCAUUCAAAAGCAUUAUAUACACUUACACACAAUUACAUACACACUCAAUUACACACAAACACACAAUUACACACAAAUGACCAAAUUCUGCCUUUUGCGCUCUUAUUUUUUGGUAAGGGAUAUUUGUUGUUUUUUCCUAGUCAGUCUCUAUAUAGUUAUAUAUAUAUACUGUAUGUAUGAUGGUGAUGCUGUAGGAGGGUAUAUUUAUGGUCUGGAUCGGUACUGAGAAACACUAUACUUUUAUGCAAAUCAAUCGAACACAACCAACGGAACAUCAUCCCUCCUUUCUAAGUGUAUGUUUUUGGAUUCGUACACUGACCUGAUUGUACCGGUGAUCUUUUAUCUGAAGACAUUAAAGAGUUGAUUUUCUGGGA